CUUCUUCUUCUUCUUCUUCUAUCUAAUUUUAUCUAUAGUUCGUGAAUGGAUUUCCCUCGUUCAUGCUUGGCUGAUGCCUUUUUUUCUUAUUUGACUAACAUUUACAAGCCCAGCAGACGCACAUCAACGUUACGCUCCAACGAUCGAUGUUGUACCAUUGAGCUUCCGAUAUUUCGUCUUCUUUCUAUUCCACAAUUAAUUUCAGCCAUUGCUACUGCGGACAAACUAUCCUAUGUCAAGCAUUCGAUCCACAACCUAUGCCGGUUGCUGUUUCAGACCAAGUAAGCAUACACGGUGACAGGAGUGCUCGAUCUGCGUCGAAAUCGCCAUCUCCAGAAGAAGAAAGGGAUCAUCCCGACGAAAACACGGUGGAAGAACGCGUCGAGGAAAUUCCAUCUCGUCAAGAUUCAAACCAUCCUCCCGCGUCGUGGCAUCAUGAAAUCCAUCACCACCAUGAUCAUGAUCAUCUGAUUCAAAGAGUCGAUAAGCAAGGGGGGAUUCUCGAUGGAAUUUUCAACAUGAUUUCGACCUGGUGGUGGCCGGGGUAUUCUCAAUCUGAAGAGCAGGAUCCCUUGAUCGUCAGACCGGAGGAAGAAGGACAGGAGGCCUCCUCUCCUUCUUCUUCUUCUUCUUCUUCAUCUUCUACCCCUGCAAUGUCUUUGACUCGAAAAUACGGCAAGUUCAAAGAAGUCAUCUACUACGGCAACACAUCAACGAUACGACUUCACGAGAAGAAACCCUCUUCUUCACCAUCAUUAUCAUCAUCUUCUUCUUCUUCUUCUUCUUCUUCUCCCACGCGAACAGAACUAUACGCCAUCAAAGUAUUCCACCGCACAUCAUCCAACCUCGCCCGAUCCGAAUACUGCAUCGGCUCAUGUCUCCACCAUCCCAACAUCAUCCACACGCUCGACCUCCUCGUCGACGACCGCGGCACUCUCUACGAAAUCAUGCAAUACCACCCAUCAUCCACGACCCUCCACCGACUAAUCAGAACCAACAAAAAAGGCCUCCCCACCCACGACUCAGACUGUUUCUUCAAACAACUCCUCCUCGGCAUAUCCUACAUGCACACCCAAGGCGUCGCUCAUCGUAACAUAAAACCAGACAAUAUCCUCAUCACGCUCCAUGGAGCGGUGAAGAUUAUCGAUUUCGGAAACGCAGAAUGUUUCCGCGCUCCAUGGGAGGAGAGACCGCAUUUAACGAAACGCGUAUCCGGGACGAUUCCUUAUAUCGCUCCGGAGGAGUAUGGUGGUAGGGAAUUUGAUCCGAGGGCAGUCGAUGUUUGGGCUGUGGGUGUUACGUAUAUUGCGAUGCGGACGGGGAGGUUGCCGUGGUGGACGGCGUUGGAGCAGGAUGAUGAGUUGUAUGUUGCGUAUUUGAAGGCGAGGAGGGAGGUGAGUGGGUAUGAGCCGAUAGAGUCUUUUCGGAGGGAAUGCUGCCGUAACGUAAUCUACGCGAUGCUGGAUCCGAAUUGGGAACGACGAAUUACUGCAUCUCAAAUCCUGAGAUCUGAAUGGGUGACUGCUAUUGAAGUCUGCGAUGCUGGUCAUAGGGGAAUAUAAGAUACAUAUCCUGAGAAGAGGGGGGAAAACGUAUAGACGGAAGGAAAAUAUGGAGACGGUGAUAUAUGUCAUGUCAUGCUCUUUCUCUCCUGACGAUGUUGAUAGUGACUGAUGGUAUCGUUAUGUACAGUAUGUACUGUACAUUACUUGCUCGUGAAAAGGAUGGUAGUAUAGUAAUAUGGAAUUGUCAUUGCAUCUAUUGGGAAUGAUUUCCCAUACGGAGCCACGACACGCGUGCUUACAGUAGUGGAUGUGGUAAAUUGGUAGGUUUUCUCCCCGGG